CCGAAUUCUCACCUGACCUCGGCCCCUUCAUUGCUCUUAACGAUUAUACUAUAUCGGCCUUCUCGUUAUCCUGGUUCGCUCCCGAUCUUCAAGUAUAGUGUAUUCAUCCACUUGAAUCCUGGUUUGUUUUUUUUGGUAUUGGUGGAUUGGCCUUCCUUGGCUCACCCCUUGGCUGUCCAACUAUAUUCGCCCAGACGAGGAUUGCCAAGCUUAUUCUACAGCCCUAGUGAUACAUAUAUUCCGGUAUAGGUAGACUCUAUUCUAUGUCACGCCCUUCGCCGUCAACCUCGAGUCUUCCGAGAACGAGGCUGCCAUUUGCGAGCAUGUCGUAGCGGCUAUAUACCCCUUAAGAAAAUUUAAAAAAACAAAAAAAAUAGAAAGUUCUUCAGACAUUGCAAGCGAGUUUCUUGAUAAACAUGUUUCCUAUAGACAGGAGCCUUCUCCCGUCUCUGACUACCCGCAGAGCGUUGAUCGUGGUUGACCCCCAGAACGAUUUUCUGGCUGAGGAUGGCGCCCUACCUAUCCAGAUGCCUCCGGAUCUCCCAGAGCGGAUAGCGGGCUUGGCGACGUCGCUACGAGCAGGGGGUGACGAUAUCAUCUGGGUAUGCAGCAGAUUCGAGAAAUCGCGGUCUUCUCAGGAAGAGCAAAUUCUCAUAUCGGAUCGGCCGAGCCACUCCCAAUCCCCAGAUCUUUCGCGGGGUCGGCGGCGGCCAACACCACCGCAGACGAAUCAACAAGCCGAGUCUCCGGAGGCCUUUCUAACUCAGGAAUCUCCAAGCCUACCGAAAUGUGUCCGACCGGGCUCUUCUGGGGCGGAGAUGCACCCAAUUAUAAAAGGGGCUGUCGGACCUAGGGAUUUUUCAGUCGUGAAAACUUAUUACUCGGCUUUCAGGUCAGAGCAGCUACUUCGCUUACUGCGUAUGAGGCUUGUCACAGAGCUUUUUAUCUGCGGGUCUAUGACUAAUAUUAGCGUUAUGGCUACCGCCGUCGACGCUGCGAGUCAUGGAUAUAUGAUCACGAUAGUCGAUGAUUGCUGCGGCUACAACAACAUAAUGCAGCAUCGUAAUUCCAUCAAGCAAAUUUCGAAAACUACGGGCUGCGAUGUUCUAUUCUCGGCUAACGUCGUGGCGUCCCUUAAACCAAAGUCGAAGCCGUCGAGAAGGCCAGGUGACAGACCGGCAACUUCUCCAGCCGGCGGAUACUCUACAGUACGUCGUGCCGGGGAAGAGGAUGAUCCUGCUGCGUCCUCGGCCUCAGAUUUAUUAUCCUCACUUGAGAACAUGUCGCUAAAUUCUCAACGCGCAGCCGAUACUCCCCGUGUCAAGUCACCCACAAAAGAUCCAACGCCAUCGAUUCAACCCUUGGUGAAUACAACAAACUCAACAAAACCAACAGCGGAGAGGAAUCGAAAGUCACGUGCCAGCUCAUCGGUCGCGGCCGUGAGUGAGGUCGAAUUUAAACCACGGCACCAAAAAACGGGUGACGAUGACUCACAAAAAGGUAGUCAUACCAAUAAAAAUAGUGAUAAUGCGCAAGUCUUACUACAGGACAAAGCAGAACAACCACCACCAACUCAAGAUAAAACUAUUGUCUCUCAGCAAACUUUGGAGAAAACACAACCAGACAAGGAGGAAUCAUGUAUUUCCGAUUCAGUCAGAUUAAAAAGCGACGAAUCCGAACCGUCAGCGGAAGAGAGGAAUCCUAAAUCUUCUUUGGAAAAUACAACAGAAUCAUCGGGGACUGUGAGUGAGGUACCAAGCGAGAAGCAUCUAGAACGGAUCCAAGGCCCGUCAAAGAUAUCGAACCCUGAAGUUGACGAUAGUAGAAUAAUGGCUCCCGGAGACCAGCCAAGACCGAGGGAGGGCGAGCCUCUAUGUGAAGGUGAUACCAGGGUCGUCUACGACGUAUUACCACACCCAGUAUCUGAGUACAUCUUCGAGAGGGUAAGAGACGAGGUGCAAUGGCAGCGCAUGUCUCACCAGGGUGGCGAGGUGCCAAGGCUCGUCGCCGUUCAAGGACAGGUGGAUGAGGAUAGCAGCAUGCCUAUUUACCGUCAUCCAUCAGACGAGUCGCCUCCGUUGCUACCAUUCUCCCCCGCAGUGCUCGAGAUUAAGAGAGUAGUCGAAAAACAAUUGGGACAUCCUCUAAACCACGUCCUUAUACAAUUUUACCGCGACGGUAACGACUAUAUCUCAGAGCAUAGCGACAAAACGCUGGAUAUCUCCAAGGGCAGCUUUAUCGCUAAUGUUAGUCUGGGUGCCGAACGAACCAUGACGCUACGAACAAAGCGACAACCGAGAAGUAGGGAUUCGAUAGAUGCGGAGCCUUUGCCUACGACAAGACGUCAAGUCCAACGAACAUGUCUACCUCACAAUUCACUUUUUCAAAUGGGAUUGCAGACAAAUAAGCGAUGGCUCCACGGCAUUCGACAGGACAAGAGGAUUGACCGCGAAAAAUCAGACGCCGAGCUGGCCUACGACGGUGGCCGUAUCUCGUUGACGUUUAGAAGGAUAGGGACCUUUCUGGACCGCGAGAACAAGCUGAUAUGGGGGCAAGGGGCUACAUCAAAGACGAGGGAGGGUGCGAAAAAUGUGAUCAACGGACAAACGCCUGAAGCUAUUAAGAUGCUGCAAAGUUUCGGUCGGGAAAACCAGUUGACAGAAUUCAACUGGGAGGAAUAUUAUGGCACAGGAUUUGACGUUUUGCACAUCUCUACCGCCCCUCGACUAUUCCUGUCACCGGAUCCAGUCGUUAAUAUGCGUAUCCAACUGAUGCUAGCCGAGUACGGAGUUAGCUACGCGAGAGGUAGCAUGUCGCCGCUCUUCAAGUGGAAGGAUAGCAGGCCUACCAAUGACCCCUUCGCCAUUCCCAAGGACCUCCCUAUCAAGUUUGUCGAUAAUGACUCGCCAAAGACAACUAUCGAGGGGGAGACCUCAAUCAUGCUGUACCUCGAUCGCUUUUACGGUCCUAAAGCCGGAAGUAACCCGUCUAGGGAUUUUGUGAAAGAAGGCACUCGCUUUCAGGAAGGGAUUGCCUUGUUGAAAGAGCACGAAACGCUGAAGGCUAAAUUAGACACAUGGGAUACUUAUGUAGCGGAAGGCAACGAUUUCAUCGCAGGACCUAUUAUGACCCUAGCCGACUUUGCAUUUUGGCCUAUCCUUCACGAUAUAAUCAGGGUUCAAGGCCAAGAUCUGUUUGGACAAGACGGGGCUGGGUUCGAGAAUUUGAAAAAGUACUACGAGCGUAUCGAGGCGCGGGACUCGGUCAAAAAAGUAACAGCCGUAUGUGAGACCUGCUCGCCGAAGAAAUCCGCCGGUGCUCCCGACGCCACCGUACCGACAUAGGCUUCCGUCCCUGGCCCCGAUGCCGCCACAGAAUUGAACUGGGAUGGACAGGCAUCUUGGAUAAUACUUAUAAGCCUUCUACAUACGUAUCAAGGGAGAGGCGCUCACAUUUAGCGUGACAUCGUAUUGGUAAGUAGAUGGCUUGCCUCCUAGCUUCUCCUGCGGCGAGGAUAAGAUGGGAUAGUAAGGACAGGCAAAUCUGCCAGGACUUACCGAGAUGUAAGAUGACACUAAUCUAAUGAACUAUGUAUUGCCGUGAACUCUUUUGCACUAGAUGUUAGAAUAAGAUACCUAUAAAUAUCACUUGUAUAGAUGUAUAAAAUAUUACUUUGCUUCAACGUGAUAGCCUAGCUGUACAGGGUGUUUUCCUUUCCAUUAAUUUGGCACCAUUGAUCUUCUUCAUC